AUGGAGAACUCGCGCCCCUGGAAUCGAAGGCCCAUAACCUAUGGAUCCGCUGCUAGGAGUCAAACUCGUCCGGACAUUGCCAAAUUUACGCGCCCCUCUCCCGCCAAAAGAACCUCCAAAGAAGGGCCCUCGCCAAGUAAUUCGCGUGCCUCGCAAUUGAUCAACACCAAAUUACAGCGUAACAAGAAUGGGAACAAGAAACCAGCCGGAUCCACCAAUGAAACAAAUAUGGACGCUCUUGCUCAAUCACAGGCUGACCAAGAACCCGAUGUAUAUGACUUUCCAUCCUCAGAUGAAGCGCAAAAUCUCGUCGGUCGGCGAAAGCGAAGGCGUCACAAUACCGAAGACAAAGAAGUCCCUGCGCCUCUUCAAUCUACAGCAUUCAAUUCUACCACUGAUGGAAGAUCAGAAGUGGUAGACAGCGGAGAAGGUAUUGUGUCCAACCCGGCGGUGAAGAAUGUGCGAGAUCGCCGGAGGCCAUUGAUCAAAACUCACGAGACUCAUUUUAAGAGCUCAAUCACUUACUCCGGUGGCAAUAAGUCAAUAUUGCAACAAACGAAUGAGAUCUCUGCUUCUGGAAAUCCGGGGUUUGGGAAACUCUCUUCACGAGAGAGAGAUCUUGAGCCCACUGAGACUUCAAAACCACGCAGGCCGGUGCCGAAUACCCACAAGGCCUCAGCUAUUCCCACCGAGAAUGUUACUCCCGGCAGAAGGAGGCUUAUUGAUUCGUUGGGAAUUACAGACUCUCCGAUUGAAACAUCACCAAAGAGUCCUGCCGAAAGCCAGCCAACUCCAAACCGGGCUUCUCACAAUGUCCAUGUGAACGAGGUGCCUGUGAAUGACUGUCAACCUGGGACCCCUGCCCUCGUACCAUCCCAUCUAAGAGGAUCCCAGAUCACCUAUGCACGCCAACGGUCCUUCCUUGAUGAUAUCUUCAUGACAGAUGAACUUCCCACGACAAACCUUAUUCCUGAAUUGGAAACCCCUUCUAAGUCAGUCCAGCGUCAGCUGAAAUAUGAUGCUCCUCCGAUGGCUCGUUUGAUUGUGGCCGAUGAGGAAACCAAUGAAGAUGGAUCUGUUCGAAGUAUCCAUGAACUCAGACAGGCGGGUGGAAAUGCUCGGUACCGAGGUGCUGUCGAGUCCAUAUUUGAAGAUAUCGAAGAUCCUCAAAACUCGUUGUCAGGUCGAUGCAACGCCUUUGUCCAACUUUGUAGCAAGCUCCUGGAUACUGGAGCGCGAAACCGAUUUGUCGAGUGCAAUUUUGACAAAAGACUCGUCGAUUGUCUUUCGAUUGAACUUCAGGUCGUCCCUGCUAUCCUGGCCUUCUGUGCAUACGCCCUGGCAUCGUCGGAUGGAAAUUUGUCCUAUGUGCUUGCUACUGCUGCGUGGCCUAAGCUUCUGGACACAUCAUACAUUCUGUUGGACGUUCAUGAUGAUAUAUCAGUGGCGACAAAGGCUCAAGCUGGCGACCUAUCUCGACCCUUGCAGAAGACCAUUCAAAAUAUUGUCCCACAGGUGUCUUCGGUGCUAUUCCCCAAGCCUGCAUUACCAAAGCUUACUCCAUGUAUUUUGGCAUUGUAUUGCAUGAAGUCGACCAUCUCGACCCUACAAACCAAAGGCGAAAGCCCUAGUCUUUCCACUUCUCUUCUCAAAUUAUUGGUUGAGAUGGUCUCAUCUGAAAGCUCGCGCUGUGUCUCUCAGAAGACCAUAUCAACCGAGACAUCUCAAUUUUUGGGACUAGGCUUCUCAAUUCUGGAAGCGUCGACUGCAUCAUCCGUGUUCAAAGAUGAACAUCAGGAUCAGCUUGGUUCACUUUCCAGUCUCCACAGCCUGCUCUAUCUCAAGAGCUCACACGCCGACCGCGUUAGCCAAAAAAUCAAGCCUCUCUAUAUCCGGGUGAUCUUGAAUGUCACCAAUAGCGACAUUCUGCUUUGCGAUAAAUUUGCGAAUCCAGAGUUGGUGGGAGGGUUGGUCGAUGUGGUCUUGGCAAAUUUUGGUGACCUGACAGAAGAUGCUCUUGGUCAGGAAAACAACUCCCUGGACAGUGUAAUAUUAGCUCUGGGUGCUCUGACCAACCUGUCUGAACGAAGUCAAGAGUCAAGGUCGAUUUUCCUCAGGCCCGUUGGCUCCACGAAUUCUUUUCUUGACCGGCUCCUACGUCUAUUCAUCACCAAUGUCGAUUCUAUCUCCACGGCUCAUUCGGUCUUGGAGGUACACCAUAAUGUUGCUGUGGGAUAUUUGGCAGUCCUUCUUCUGACACUCUGUCUGGACAGCAGUGCUCGUUUGCAGAUCAAGAGCUCGUUUGUUCCAAACGGGCUGUUAGCAGUGACCUCGACUGUUGAUGAAUUUCUCCAAUACCACCAAAAGAUUGAAGAGGAACUUUACCAAUUCCCGACCAAGGGACAAUCAGCGAGUGGAUUCCUGUCCAGGCUACAGGAACUUGUGGCUCAGGUUCGACAGGUCGAUUUAUGA